CCAAGUUUUAUGGUUAUCUUAGAUCAGUGUUUAGAAUAUUCAUAGGCACAAAACGGUACAUCUAAAAAAAUGCAACCAAAAUUAAGCACAAUAAAUUCAUCUCCACCCAUAAUUUCCACAAUUUUGGUUGUUAAAGAGCCUCCAGAAACCAACAAAAUAUUGCCCCGACGCUUCCUUGGCCUUGUAUUCACUGUCAUUUCCAGCAUAAGCUUCUCGCUAAGCACGUUUCUAGUUAAAUUACUGACCACUGGGAGUUACAGCCCGUUCCUCGUUGGCGUGUGGAGAUUUCAAGGUCUUUUAAUUAAAGUUUUAAUUAAAAUAUAAGUUUAUAUAAAAUAAAAUUCAAUUUCACUUAAUUUUUUACUGUAAAUAACUUUGUCAAUAAUCAAGGAAUACUUUGGCCAAGCCUUAUAAUUUUGAUCAAGGUUUGGGGUUGGAAUAAAACCCCUGUGUUUAAACCCCAUGAUGCACAGGGAAUAAAAACAUCAAUUUUACUAUGCGUAAUGAAACUAUCAAAAUCUAAUCCAUAAACUUAAUUAAGUAAUUGAAUGAUUAAUGGGUUUCUAUUUCGUUUUCUUCAGUGUCGCUGGCUUUUCGGCACCACAGCCAUUUUGCUGCAGUUUCUGUCCCUUCAGUAUAUCUCAGUAGCGGACAGCUUAGUUAUCACGGUAAUUACCCCAGUAUUUGUGACUUUAGUGGCUCAUAAAGUAUUGGGAGAAAAAUGUGGGUUUAUUCCCAUCCUGUGUGCAAUUGUUACCGUUCUCGGAGUGGGUGUGAUGACCAGGCCUUCAAUUUUUACUGGCCAAAAGGAGUUUUUCGAUGGGGAAGCUCUGAUUGGAAUCUCCUUUGCCCUUGCAAGCAUGGUCUGCACAGGAAUUUCUUUCGUGCUGGUACGAUACUUAAGAACUAUUCAUUUUUCUGUAAUGAUGACCUUCUUCGGAGUUUGGGGAACCAUGGAGUGCGGUCUGUUGUCGGUCUGGUAUGGUGAUGGCGUUAUUUUCCCUGAGGAGAUGAAGGACUCGGUUCUAGCACUGCUUUUAGCAGUACUCAGCUUUAUAAGCCAAGGGUCACUCGUUCUAGGUCUAAAGUUUGAGCAGGCCAGCAUGGUUGCGGUAUUUCGAACGCUAGAUGUGCUAUUUGGAUUUGUGUGGCAAGGAUUGCUACUUGGCGUUGUGCCGGACGUGUAUAGCGUCGUAGGAGGGAUCACCGUCACCGUUGGAGUUCUUGUCCUUGGUUUUCGUAAAUGGUUGAUUCAACUCCCAGAAGGACAUAAGGCUCGUAAUCUAUUUUAUCUAAUUCUAAAAUAAGUGAGACACCAAGAAACUCAAACCUCUAGUGCACACGCAAAAUUUAACCAUGUUGUACAAUUUCCAAAUUGUUAAUCAAUGAUACUAUUUAUGAUUAUGCCAUUUCAUAUCGAAUUUUCUUGAUAAGUUGUGCACAUUCACGAACUUGUAUUAAAUAUUUAUGCAAACUUUUACCCACUUACUUAAUUGCGUAAAUGGGAAUGGCACAUAACAUGAUAAAGUUGACUUUAUAAUUCUGCGAUGCGUGUACACUCAUAAAAUAAAUAACAAGUUAAUAAAUAUUGA